AUGGACCAGGCAAAGGGGAAGCUGCCGAUGGUGGGGUCGUCUGGCUCGGUCGGGGAUCAGGCAUCUGGGACGAUGGCGGUGGAAGCAAACAAAGACUCCACGAUGCAGACUGCGGCGCCGCCGUCGAGGUCGUGGGCGGAGGUCGUAGCUCAAGACAAAGGUACGUCUAAGGGAACUAAAGGGGAUAGAUCUGGUGGCCGGGGGCGACCGGGGCCCUGGGUCACCCACCGGAUGACGGAGGCGGAGGUGGCUCGGGUGAGCCAGUACUUCCCGUCGGUCACCGAGCUCCCGGAGGAGCCCAUUGAGGCUGCCCGCCGGGAGUGGGAGGGCUUAGCUUUGAUCGGUCGGAGUCUCGGCCGGCGGGUGCCGGUCGAGUGGGUGGCCAAGGACGUGGCCGCCCGGUUGAAGAAAACAGGGGAGGUGGUGGGGGUCUCCCUCGCUGAAGAUCAUUUUGCUUUGCGGUUCCGGUCGCCGGAGCUUCGGGACCGAGCUCUGUUGGAGGGCCCCUGGGUGGUGGCCGGCCAACUUUUGGCUAUGGAGCCGUGGGCGCCGGACUUUCUACCUAGGGAAACCCCUGUGAAGUCCGUGGUGGUCUGGCUCCGGCUACCGGGGCUCCCCCCGGAGUAUUGGUCGCCCUCGACCAUUAUGGACAUCGCCGCCAAGGCAGGGAGGCCCAUGGCCGUUGACGGUGUCACAGAGGGGCGGCGUGCCAUGGGUUUCGCUAGGGUUAAGGUGGCUAUCGACGCCUCCGAACCCCUCCUCCCAGGGAUUCGGAUACAGGGAAGGUCGAAGACCAUUUGGCAGCCCUUUGUCUUCGAAAGCGUUUCGGACCUGUGCGUCCGGUGUGGGCCCAACCCACUAGCCCAGGCUGCGGGGCCCAGUGCCAGCGAGUUCCACUUCGGGGCUCAGGCCCCGGGGCAGGACCCGCCGUCCGUCUGCCUCGCCUCUCUAGGUUCUCUAGAGGUGGCUGUGGGACAGGGAGAUGGUGCCUCGGGCGGGUCAGAGCUGGGUGACGCGACUAGUACGAGUGAGGUUCCCGUCUGCGACGACUGCCCCAUGAGCGACUCCUUGGUGGGGCGGGAUACGUCGGCACCUGUGGAGUCGAUGAGGCGGGAUACGCUUGUACUGGUGGAGCCAGGGGUAGGGGACCCCAGUGGUCAUGAGGGGGCUACUCGCUCGACCGUGGAUCACUCGACUGUUGUUCAACGGGUGAAGGCGGCUGUGCUGCGAGUAGUGUCCGGGACUAGCACGGAUGAGGGUCAGCAGGGUGAUCCUGAUUGUGAGAUGGUGAUAGACCCUAUGGCCCAGAGGGUCGAUGAGCCUGUGGCCGACCUCUCGGACUUUUCCCCAUGA